AUAUUUUUUUAUAAUUUUGUAUUUUAUACAAACUGAUCUGAUGAAAACAUACACAAUGGAUAAUAAUCAGAAAGUAACUAAAAAUAUUCUAUCUUAUAAUAUUUUUAUUGCAACCAACUGCACGUGUAGGCAAUUUCAACUGAAAUAUAGAAAGCGAUUAAAAAGUAAUCUUGUAAAGUUUCGCCUCUCGUGUACAGUAUAAUGAUGAAUACAUAUAAGCUCCUGUAAUAGUAGUUUCUUUGUUUAAAACAUGACAGUAAUUACGUUUAUGUUCAUCAAUAUGAACCGACUUAACUAACCAGAUUAUGGAAAAUUCUAUGUUUUUCAUUGGUAACGACUUACAAUGGAACAUGGGAAAACGAGUGUUUUAUAAAUUGUUAAUGCACUUCGGCAUAUGUAAUUAGUAUUGGCUAUUUGUGGAGGGCUCGAUGAUAACAGAAUGUAAUGGAUUAUAGUUUAUUUUAUGAUGAUUUUUAAACAUGAUAUAUCCCUGUGCGUGUAAUACUUUUGCCUAAAACUAACGUUUGUAGAUUUGGUCUAUUAGUUUGAGAGCAAUUGUUAUAUUCACACGCAUGUUGUUUUUCUCUGAGACAACUUGUCAAAGUAGUACAGCCAUUGGUAGAACUCAUCAUAGACAGAACGCAUUAAAAAUCACCGAGGAAAUGCUUAAGGAUAACGAGAAUGAGCAGGACCCAGAGGGGUCUAGUAGUAGGCCUGUAAACUUAAAUCUCUGUACUAGUUUGUGCUGCUUUUGCGGUUUUUCUCUUGUGCAGAGUGAAAUGUACGCAGCUGCAGGAGGCGCAUCUUUAGCCAGCAGACGGCACAAGCAUAAGCAAAGGAAUACGGCUGACACCGAUGCUCUUAUACAUCAACAGUUUCAGCGAAGGUUUCAGCAGCACCAGCAACAAUAUGCUCCGGCCUCGUUGGAUCAUCUACGGGCCUCCACUUCACUGGUUACCCCAACCACUCCCAUUUCACCAUUCGGUCAAGUCAAAUUGCAAAGUCCGUUCGAACUCCCCGAGAACAAAACUGUUGGAGUGGCAUCUACAGCAUGGCCGGGACCCGCAGGACCAUCGCCAGACGCUGAUUUGAGUGCGGCACCAGACCGUUCGAUUUUAAUUCAUUUGCCAGGAGAUCCACAUAAAAAAUGGAGAAAAAAAAACAAGAUUCAUGAUACAUUGUCUUACGGGGAAAGUGCGGCUGACCGUCGACUGUUUGAACUGCAACAAGGGGCGGCAGCCAACACGUUACUCUAUGUAGGCUUGUGUUCAGUGGCCUUAGGUCUUAUCAUAGCGUUCGUGGGCACUGGCGAGAAAGGUUUUAAGACUGUUCAACUUCGAUUUAUCGGUCCCGGCAUGAUAUUCAUAGGCAUGUGCUGUUGUGCAUUACGAAUCAUGUUGUGCUUUUGUCCUGCGUUUUGCUUCAAAAGGCGUCGACACAAGAGUAUGUCCGAUAAAAUGGCCGAGUUCUACAAGUACAUGCCUUUUAGAAAUCAUCCUAUGGCUGCGCACAAUACAUCUGCUGUCGAUAAUCCGGCACCGGCCGAAGUUUUACCAAUGGUUUUGUUGAAACCGGCCCUAAAACAGUCAUGCGCGAGGGUCGAUGAACAAACUCAGCCACAGUUGUAUCAGGUAAAGCAGGUGCCCAAAGCCACUCCAGAAGCAAGCUUGGAGAGCAGCGUAGAAAACUUGAUAGAACAUGACGAAUACUUGGACACAGAGGAUCGGUCGAGUUCAAAAAAUGACUUGAGCAGUAUGAAAAACUCGGUUACAUUUGAGAACCCUUUAAGUAUGGUUUCAAAAAUGAUGACUAAAUCGUCCGAAGAAUUCUGCAAUACGUCUUCCACGCCAGAUGGUGAUACUAUCGACUACCAAGAAUUGGUAUUAAGUCCAUUGAAUUUAACUCAAUAAUUUUUUCUGCAUCAAACUACUUAUUUGGAUGCAUUCGGCAGUGAAAAUUAUGAUAGUUGUAAUCAGUGGUGAAGCGUCAGGGUCAACUUUGAGAUGGCGAUACCUCAAUAACGACAAAAAUUAUUUAUUUUAUUAAAAAAGGAAAAUUUUAUCAUUUAUGUGUAAACGUAAUGUUGUCUAUAUUUUCUCGAAUAUAUACAGAGUGAUUGAUUUAUCAUUGACAACUAGAUUAACCCUAAAAUUAUAAUAAUUAUGAAAGUUAUUAAGACUUAAAAAACAGACUAAGCACGAGGUGCGAGUUAUGUUAUUUUUAUCAUUAUGUACUUUUUUACUACGCUACACCUCUCCUCGUGUAUAGAAAUAUUCAUAACUUUUAAAUUACUGUUUUAAAAGUUAUUAUCGACCAGUUAUUUUUCUAGUUAGAUCAUUUUCUAUUGUAUGAACUAGUUAAAUGUGUAUGUUGCUAUUUAAAAAAAUUAAGUCGGUAUUCUCAUAAGGAAUAAGGGAUGGACCUAUAAAAUGUUUAAUUACUAAUAAAUCGAAGUAUAAAUAAUACCAAAUAAAGCCCAACAUUUAAACUAGUGAUCAAUAAUAAAUCAAUCGACCAGUAUGUCUAAUGCAAUAAUAUGUGUGUGCACUAUAUAUGUAUAAUCUUAUACUUGAGGUGCAAAAUUAGCUCUAUUUUACGAUAGAAAUAUAAAUUUUAAAUUAAAUAAAUGUUAUCAAAUGUAAUAUAAUAGAAAGUAUCAAAAUUAUUUGAGUGCACUUGAACGGUGGCAUAUUUAAGACUUCAGCGCACCGGUCCUGUUCACGGGCUGGUACAAGUCAACUCUUACACGGCUCGCUGCGCUGGGGUUGGAGAUCACACUGAUGGACUCCAUGACUUAUCUAGACUCGGUCAUAGUAUAUUAUUUAGCUUCAUCAAACAAUCAUAGUGACAAACAUUUAGCUACAAUUAUAACUCAAACACGUUGAGAUAAAUAUCGAGUAAAAAUUAAUUAAACAAAAUCUUCCUACCUGUAACUA